AUGCUCCGUUCGGCGCUCAGCCGUACGGCGGUGGCGCUUCAGGGGGUUAGGCAGUACGCUCAGGAGGCCGCGAAGGGUGCGGCGUCGCAGGCAGAGAGCAUCGAGAAGUUCGUGGAGGAGUUCCGGAAGCACGCGCCCUCGUACCUCGACGCGCCAGCGUUCGCGAGCUCGCACAUCACGCCGCCUGCGGCCGAGGAGGCGGAGGGAACGCCCGAGGAGCUCACCCUCACUUUUGCCCUGCCCGACCGAACGGCGUUCAAGGGCAAGGCCAAGUCCGUCUCGAUCCCGGCGCAGAACGGUGACUUCACCGCGUGCCCCGGCCACGUCCCGGUGAUCGCCCAGAUGCGGCCCGGCGUCGUCAAGGUCGCGGACGGCCCCUCCUACUUUGUGGCGGGGGGCUACGCAUUCGUCCACCCCGACUCCACCGCGGACGUGUGCGCCGUCGAGGCCGUCUCCCUCGACGACCUCGACCCCGAGGCCGUCAACGCGGGCCUCGCGGAGGCCCAGGCGCAGCUCUCGGCCGCUGCUGGUAAGUCUGCGCUCGAGGAGUGCAUGGCGCGGAUCAAGCUCGACGCCUUCUCGGCGAUGCAGAGCGCGCUGCAGGCCAAGUGA